GGGCUGUGAGCUUUGAAUUGCAUCCCAUUAUUUAUUUUCGUUUUUAUUUGUUAUUCGAUCUUAGUUUAGCACUUGUUUCAACUUUCAACGUAGAGUUUUGUGCUUGUGCAUUUUCCUUUCAGUGUAAAAGUGAACAUUAUAAAUCGAUAAAUAAGUAAUGGACCCUGUAUCUAAAGUACCACGCAAGAGAACUGCCAACUAUACUGCUGAAGAGAAAUCAUUAUUAAUACAAUUGAUGAAGAAAAGACCAUUUCUCAAGUCCAAAUUAACAGAUGGAAAAUCAAUCGCUCGCAAGAAAAUGGAGUGGGAAAUAGUAACCAGGGAAUUUAAUCGUCACUCGCACAUUUACAAGCGUGACACUCUUGCUUUAAAACGGGCAUGGGAAAACAUGUCGAGAAGGUCAAGAGCUCCGCGUCGUAAUUUACCAAGAACAGACAUAGGGGAUUCCAAUACUGCACCAACACCAGACAUUGGAACCAAGGUGGAAGAGGUCGCUCCAGUUUUCUGUGACAUUAAAGACAUGUAUGACAGCGAUGGUUCCUCACAUAGUUUAAGCCAAAAACCUACCUUCGUGGUGUCCCAACCAUAUUGCUAUAAAGAGGUGGUAAAAGGUUAG